AUAAACGGUUAAUAAUAUGUAACCAAAACGGUGCGUUUGGCUUCGCUUUCAUACUCAUUCCACGACGAACGAAGAACCCCAACCCCUAAACCCUAACACCAUAAACCUCCAUUCCCGCCACACUCUCUCUCGUUGCAGACUAAACCUAAACAAUGAACUUCAGAUUCCAGAAUCUUCUCGGAGCUCCUUACAGAGGAGGCAACGCCGUAAUUUCCAACAACACUCUCCUACUCUCACCCGUCGGUAACAGAGUCUCCGUCACCGACCUACGUAAAUCCGAAACCACAACACUCCCCAUUCAAUCCUCCUCCAAUAUCUCCCGCAUCGCCGUCUCCCCCGACGGUACCUUCCUCCUCGCUAUCGACGAUAAUAACCGCUGCCUCUUCAUCAACCUCCGCCGCCGUGCACUACUCCACCGUAUCACGUUCAAACACCGUGUUGGUGCUGUUAAAUUUUCCCCUGAUGGAGGACUCAUCGCUGUUGGUGCUGGUAAACUUGUUCAGAUCUGGCGAUCCCCUGCUUUCCGUAGAGAGUUUUUUCCGUUUGAAUUAGUUAGAACUUUUGCUGAUUUUCAUUCUAAAAUCACUGCUUUUGAUUGGAGUCCUGAUUCUAAUUACUUGCUUGUUGCGUCUAAGGACUUAACUGCGAGAAUUUUAUGUUUGAAAAAACUUAAGGGUGGUGCUAAGUAUAAGCCUUUUUUGUUUUUAGGUCAUAGGGAUUCAGUUGUAGGUUCAUUUUUUGGCGUUGAUUCUAAAACUAAUAAGGUUACUAAGGUUUAUACGGUUACUAGGGAUUGUUAUUUGUUAAGCUGGGGUUUUACAGGAGAGGAUGAAUAUUCAUCGGCACCUUCAUCGCCGGGGACGCCGGAAAGGGAAUUGGAAGGGGAUUUGAUGAAUGUGGAUGAUGAUGGUGAUGUGAAGAAGAGGAAGAGGAAGAUGAAUGAACUUGAAUUUGAGGAUGGGGGGUACUUAUGCAAAGGGAAAUGGGCGUUGUUGAGGAAGGAUUGUUUUAAUCAGGCCCCGGCGAAGGUUUCGGCUUGUGAUUAUCAUAGAGGAUUAGAUAUGGUUGUUGUUGGAUUUUCUAAUGGUGUGUUUGGGUUGUAUCAGAUGCCGGAUUUUGUGUGCAUUCAUUUGUUGUCCAUAUCAAAAGAGAAGAUAACCACUGCUUUGUUUAAUGAUCUUGGAAAUUGGUUGUCCUUUGGCUGUGCGAAACUUGGUCAGCUCCUUGUGUGGGAAUGGAGGUCUGAGAGUUAUAUUUUGAAGCAGCAGGGUCAUUACUUUGAUGUCAAUUGUGUCGCAUAUUCACCCGACUCUCAACUCCUUGCUACUGGUGCAGAUGAUAAUAAAGUGAAGGUUUGGAAUGUUUCCUCGGGCUUUUGCUUUGUUACAUUUAAUGAGCACACUAAUGCUGUUACGGCUCUGCAUUUUAUGGCAAGUAACAAUUGCCUGCUCAGUGCAUCUCUUGACGGGACUGUUCGUGCGUGGGAUUUAUUACGUUAUCGGAAUUUUAGAAUAUUUACUACCCCUUCUUCAAGACAGUUUGUUUCUUUGGCAGCAGUUCAAAGUGGUGAAGUGAUAUGUGCGGGCACUUCAGAUUCCUUUGAGAUUUUUGUUUGGUCGAUGAGAAAUGGCCAAUUGUUAGAUGUGCUUAGUGGUCACGAAGCUCCUGUUCACGGGCUAGUAUUUUCUCCAACAAAUGGUGUCUUGGCUUCAUCAUCAUGGGACAAGACUGUUCGGUUGUGGGAUGUCUUUGAUGGAAAAGGAACAGUUGAAACAUGGCCUCACUCACAUGAUGUUCUCACAGUUGUUUAUCGUCCAGAUGGAAGGCAGGUAGCUUGCAGUACAUUGGAUGGGCAAAUUCAUUUUUGGGAUCCAAUAGAUGGUUUGCUGAUGUAUACUAUAGAAGGUUCUAGAGAUAUUGCUGGAGGUCGUCUUAUGACUGACCGUAGAACGGCUGCUAACAAAAGUACAGGGAAGUUUUUCACAACCUUGUGUUAUUCAGCUGACGGAAGCUACAUAUUAGCUGGGGGAAGUAGCAGAUAUAUCUGCAUGUAUGAUGUUGCCGAUCAGGUAUUGCUGCGACGUUUCCAGAUAACUCAUAAUCUUUCGUUAGAUGGAGUACUUGACUUUUUAAACUCAAAGAAUAUGACUGAUGCUGGACCUCUAGAUUUGAUUGAUGAUUAUAACAGUGACAUUGAAGAAGGUGUUGAAAGACAAACACGAGGGAAAUUAGGAUUAGAUUUACCAGGAUCCAUGGCUAACCGUGGAAGACCUAUUAUUCAAACAAAAGGCAUUAAAAUUGCCCCUACUGGGCGGAGUUUUGUCGCAGCAACGACUGAGGGAGUUUUAGUUUAUUCUGUGGAUGAAUCGUUCAUAUUCGAUCCAACUGACCUAGACAUAGAUGUCACACCAGAGGCUGUUGAUAAAGCUCUUAAUGAAAAUCAACCAAGUAGGGCAUUGAUCCUUAGUCUUCGCUUAAAUGAGGACUCUCUCAUUAAAAAGUGUAUCUUUGCUGUUAGUCCAGCGGAUAUCCCAGCAGUUGUCACAUCAAUCCCAUACAGAUAUCUCCAGCGAUUAAUUGAGGCACUAGCAUCUCUUCUAGAAAAGUGCCCACAUUUGGAGUUCAUACUUCGAUGGUCUCAGGAGCUCUGUAAAUCCCAUGCAAAUUCUAUUCAGCAGAACUCUAGAAAUUUGCUCCCAUCACUAAAAUCGUUGCAGAAAUCCAUUACUAGUAUACAUCAGGAUCUUGCCGAUACAUGCUCCUCCAAUGAAUAUAUGCUGCGAUAUUUAUGCUCUUCUAGUGCCAGUAAAUAAUUGAAAGCCACAAUUCACAUGUUGGAUUUUAGUAGGUUUUGCUCAUGAAACUUUGUCCACCCUGAUUGUUUUAUUUUAAUAUGGUAAAUGUUGAGUACCAUUGGGUUGUAGCAACCCCGAAGGAAUCAAAGCAAGAUUCGUUAUAGCAUGGCCUCAUGCCAAACUAACUUUGCAGCAUUAUUUAAAGGAAUUUACCCUUGAAUACAAAUUUUGCACCUGGAACUCGAGCUAGACAGUUUGACUGUUACACACUACAGCGACAAUUAUUCUAAUGCAUUUGUCUUUAUAGAAUGUAGAGGUUGAAGUUCCAGGAUAUCCAGUAGUGUGUUUUGAAUCAAAUAUGUUAGGAAUUAUUUGAUGAAAAAUGUUAAGAGAUCAUAUCAGAAAAUUUUCCCAAGUAAUAUAUCUUGCUUGUUUUGUUCAA